AUGUCCGACUCCGGGAAUACCCCAUCGCCAUCCACGGUGCCGAGCACCACAUCUUCUUGCGUGUCGACGACGGCGACGAGAACAACGCCGAUCACCACAAAAUCCCCAAUUCCGACGUCGCUCUCGGAAUGGCAGCUCCUUGCCGUACUUCAGAAGGCCAACCUCGUCCAGUAUUACGAUAUCUUUAUAUCGCAAGGUGGCGAUGACAUCAAUCAGAUUAUGCAGUGUGACGAGUCGGAAUUUCUGGAGAUCAUGUCGUUGGUCGGGAUGCUAUCAAAGCCGCUACACGUCAGACGACUUCAGAGGACGUUGAAUGAUUUCUCGAAAGACCCGGCCGCCUUCAACCUGGCCGCCAUCCCGCUAAUUGGCGCCCCGCCAAUGCCGAAUUUUCCGGCUGGCGGCAAUCCGAUUGACUUCUUGUUGCCGGGAGCAGUGACACUCGGGGCAGCCCUCCAGCAAAGUCCGUCGCCCUCCCUCUUCUCGACCGAGACUAUCCCGGCGUUCUCAACGAGUUCAGCGGCCACCAGCACGACCAAGACACCAAUUCCCACCCCUGUUCCAAUCACCGCCAUCGACUUCACGAACCCGAUCAGCGCCAUUGGGGCCACGGCCAAUGUAUUAUCCGGAGAUUAUUUGCAGACCUUAAUGGCCUCGGCGGUGGCCCAACAGCAGCAACAACAACAGAGCGUCACCACCAAGUUCAACGAGCACAACAUUACCACUGCAAAUAGCAAAGACCCGAAUAGUAUGAGGAUCACGAAGAGCGGAAUCCCCUCCUCCUCAAGCAGUCCACACAUCAGCUCGACGGACGACUACGUUGCGCUAGGAGAUUUUGAUCCGAAUGGCCCUCAAACCGAAACGCCAACCCUUUCUGAAGCUCAGGUCCGUCGUCUUCUCCAAUGUGCGACAGCGCUCGUCCAGAACUUGCCCAAGUUGGCGCCAAAGCUGGUGCAGAAUAAAAAGCGGAUAAGCCAAGAAAUCAUCGACGUCAUGACGGGGAACCCGCCUCGCGUUGAUGAUUAUCGCAAAUUUUCGGCCAUUUACGGGCGCUUUGAUGCGAAGCGGAAACCGGAGAAGAUUUUGACGCUCCACGAGGUCUCGGUGAACGAAGCUGCUGCUCAACUCUGUAUGCUGUCGCCGGUGCUGUUAACGCGACGGGAUGAACUGUUUCCGCUUGCCAGACAGGUAGUAAAAGACGCCGGCUACCACUACACAAAAAGCCGCGAGCGGAAGCGGAAGGAGGACAAUGACGGGGCCGAUAGUUCACCAUCGAUCAGCCCCGCCCCCUCCCUAAACGAUGACGACGAACAGUUCGAAGAAAAGCGUCGUCGUCUUGACGUCGUCAGC